CACCUCCUGGAGACUUGGACCUUCUCUCUCGCUUUCCUUCCCUUCUUUCUUCUUCUUCUUCUUCGGUUUCAAUUCUCUGAUGCAUCCCUCCUGAUCCAUUCCCACAUCCAAGUUUACCCAAAACACAAUUCAACAUGGCUUGGUUCAGAAAUCUUGCAAGAUUUUCUGCCAUUAACGUAUCCCGGAGACAAGACCCAUUUCUUCUAUCUUCUUUCAAACUUUUCAGUUCCAACAUCAAUACUGAUCCCACUGUAGAAAAACCGUCGGUUGAGCCGGUUCAGUAUUCGGGUUUGGGACCUGCCAAGCCCCAUGAGAAGCCGCGAGUGGUAGUGCUGGGUUCUGGGUGGGCUGGAUGCAGGCUAAUGAAGGGGUUGGACCCUGAAAUCUAUGACAUUGUUUGCGUCUCACCUCGAAACCAUAUGGUCUUCACGCCUCUGUUGGCUUCCACGUGCGUUGGAACUCUGGAAUUUAGAUCUGUUGCUGAACCCAUUGCGAGGAUCCAACCUGCUAUUUCUAGGGAGCCUGGUUCCUAUUUCUUCCUUUCCAAUUGUACUGGAAUUAGCGCAGAUAAGCACAUGGUUCAUUGUGAGACUGUAACUGAUGGUGAACAAGCCCUAGAUCCUUGGAGUUUCACGGUCUCAUAUGAUAAGCUUGUAAUUGCAUUAGGAGCACAGCCCACCACCUUUGGAAUUCAUGGAGUCAAAGAACAUGCAAUUUUUCUUCGUGAAGUUCACCAUGCUCAGGAAAUUCGCAGGAAGUUGCUUCUUAACUUGAUGUUAUCUGAUGUGCCAGGCGUUUCAGAAGAGGAAAAGCGAAGGCUUUUGCACUGUGUGGUUGUGGGAGGUGGUCCCACUGGAGUUGAAUUCAGUGGUGAACUUAGUGAUUUUAUCAUGAGAGAUGUCCGUCAAAGAUAUGCCCAUGUUAAGGAUUACAUCCAUGUUACUUUAAUUGAGGCAAAUGAGAUAUUGUCUUCCUUUGAUGUCCGUCUCAGGAAUUAUGCUACCAAGCAGUUGACAAAGUCAGGAGUUCGUCUUGUCCGUGGUACUGUGAAAGAUGUUCAAGAUCAGAGUAUUAUCCUUAAUGAUGGCACUGAGGUUCCAUAUGGUUUGCUGGUAUGGUCUACUGGCGUUGGACCGUCACCUCUUAUUCACGCUUUAGAUCUUCCCAAAGCUCCUGGUGGAGGAAGGAUUGGUGUUGACGAAUGGCUUCGUGUUCCUUCAGUGCAAGAUGUUUUCUCAAUAGGCGACUGCAGUGGAUUUGUAGAAAGUACAGGAAGACAAACACUUCCAGCCUUGGCCCAAGUGGCUGAGAGGCAAGGGAAAUACUUAGCAGACCUCCUAAACAAAAUUGGGAAAGCAGGAGGAGGGAGAGCAAACAGUGCAAAAGACAUUGAUUUGGGAGAACCAUUUGUCUACAAGCACCUUGGAAGCAUGGCAUCUGUCGGCAGCUACAAGGCUCUCGUGGACCUUAGACAGAGCAAGGAGGCAAAAGGUAUAUCACUGGCAGGAUUUGUCAGUUGGUUCAUUUGGCGAUCAGCCUAUCUUACGCGUGUUGUGAGCUGGAGAAACAGAUUCUAUGUGGCAAUCAACUGGGCUACAACUCUUGUAUUUGGUCGUGAUAUCAGCAGGAUAUGAGACUUCAGAGGUGUAAUCGUUGGGCAACAAUCCUUUGUCUUCUUGUAUUUACGCAAAUAAAUGUGUAUAGCGUAUACAAAGAGACACAAGAAAUAACACAAAUUCACAACAGAUGUAAAGAUCUGAUAUCACAUUUUUUUCCCAUCUCUAUGUUUUCUUCAUUUAGAGGGGUGGGAACUGACAUCUUGGAAUUACAAUCUUCUGCUUACAAGAAAA